UGCUUGUGUCCCCAAGGGACUCUAGGUUGAGCCUGAAGUCUGGGAGAUGGGGUGGCAGUUGGGAUUUACCCACAGGCCAGGUAGUUGAUCCCUGGAAAGCUGGUGCAGCCAGGCAGCAGUCUUCGGCUUGAUGCAAACAGCAGAGGAUGGGCCUCCGGUCCCUAAGGACCUCAGUGAUACCCAGUGUUGUGUCCGAAUGGGAAAGUUUUUAAUAGGAGGAGUUGGAGAGGGAAAAGAGGGAGUGAUGGACGAAUUUGGUUAGUGCCCACGUUGUUCCAGGUACUUUAAAAUCCAUGCUAUCUUUUGUUCAUGACAUGUGUGGAGGCGGCCUGCUCGACCCUCAGUGGAAAGAUCAAAAACAGUCUAGAGGGAGUUGAGUCACUUGCCUAAGGUUACAGUGCAUGUGACUGGCAGAACGGGGGAUUCGAACCUAUGCAUUUACUAGUGCCUAAAGCCAUGCCCGCAUCCACUCUUCCAAGCUGUAGAGGGACCCGGAAGGGCACGAAGGAGCUGCACGCUCCCAUAAAGUGGGCCCUAGCUUGGAAGCGAGGCUACGCUGGCUGGCCCUCCCCCCCCCCCAACCCCGGAGUCUUAGAGCUCCCGCCAGCUCCAGCCUCCUUGCCUCAGCCGGGUCCUCAGGAGGCCUAGGCGGCCGCCCGCAACCCACAGCGCAGAGCCUGGGCCGAAGGCCGUGCUCCGCGGGAAGCAGCUGAAGGCUCCGGCAGCUCUGCCCCAGGCCUGCCUUCCCAGGCCUCCCCCCGCCGGUGCCCGAGGUGACGGGUCUGGGCCGAGGGCAGACCGGAGUGAGAGCUCCUCAAGCAUCCUCCGGCUGCGCCUUCUUAGGAUGGAGACCGCGGGGAAAGAAGGUUUAAUUUUUCCAUCCCGAAGAAAUCGCAGGAAACUGUUCGUAGCUUAAAAACUCCAAAACCCGCGCUCUCCCUCCUCCCUCCCUUCCUCCGCCCCCUCCCUCCAGCCUUGCCCACCAGCUCCCACCAUCUCGUCGCUCCUCUCCUCCUCCUGCUUCUCCCCUCCCUCUCGGGUCUCCCGCCUUCCCGGAGCACGCGCUGCCAGGACCCGGGGUGCUGGGCGGCCAAUGGCGCGGCGGCAGGACGUGAUGUAAGGCGCGGCUGUAGAAAAGGCGCGGACGCUUGGCUGGCGCGGACGGCAGAGCCGGGGCUGGGCUCGGCGCGCUCUUGGAGAGCAUUGCGCGCGGCUGGGCCCGCGGCCGGCGGCUCCUCCUCCCACUCUGCUCCUCCUCCUUUUUCUCCUCCUCCUCCUCCUCCUCCACCUCCUCCUCCACCUCCUCCUCCUCCUCCUCCACCUCCUCCUCCUCCUCCUCCUCCUCCUCCACCUCCUCCUCUUCAAUUCUCUCGGUGUGUCGGCUCGGCUCGCUGGCUUCGGAGAAACCCGUACUACAGUCGCCGACCCAACGCCUAAGCGGGUCGCCUAGGGCUGGGGGCGCACCCCAGGGAGGGGAGAGGUCCAGGCAGCUGGGCCGCCGCGGGCACCUAGCCGUUCCCGAGUGAGACCCGACCGCAGCCGUCGCCGCCUCGGGCAGAGUUUUGCGCUCCUGCUUUGCGCCCGGGGGCGCUGAAGCCGGGCGGGCGAUGCCCGCGGCGUGAAAGCGCCCGCGGCGGGCGCCGACCUCUGCCCCCGUCUUCCCCCUUCCCGCCCCCCCCUCCGCCCCGUGCCCUUGUGACCCUGGCUUUGGCGCCGCCGCCCAGGCGCCCCGCGAUGUAGCUGCCCCUGUGCCUCGGCGGGAGGCGUCCUGGCCCGCGGGCGCCCGGGGCCCAGAGCCCGGCCUGGGGGCGCAGCCGAGCUCGGGCGGGGCCGGGGCCGCGGUGGCGAUGCACCGGGCCCGUUAGCGCCGGGAGCGCCAGGCAGCUGAGGCGGGGGGCAAGCCCUCCCGCGGAGGAGCCGCGCCCCCGCCCCGCCGGUCCCGCCGCGAUGCUGUUCCACAGUCUGUCGGGCCCCGAGGUGCACGGGGUCAUCGACGAGAUGGACCGCAGGGCCAAGAGCGAGGCUCCCGCCAUCAGCUCCGCCAUCGACCGCGGCGACACGGAGACGACCAUGCCGUCCAUCAGCAGUGACCGCGCCGCGCUGUGUGCCGGCUGCGGGGGCAAGAUCUCAGACCGCUACUACCUGCUGGCGGUGGACAAGCAGUGGCACAUGCGUUGCCUCAAGUGCUGCGAGUGCAAGCUCAACCUGGAGUCCGAGCUCACCUGUUUCAGCAAGGACGGAAGCAUCUACUGCAAGGAAGACUACUACAGGCGGUUCUCUGUGCAGCGCUGCGCCCGCUGCCACCUGGGCAUCUCAGCCUCGGAGAUGGUGAUGCGUGCCCGGGACUUGGUUUAUCACCUCAACUGCUUCACCUGCACCACGUGUAACAAGAUGCUGACCACGGGUGACCACUUCGGCAUGAAGGACAGCCUGGUCUACUGCCGCUUGCACUUCGAGGCGCUGCUGCAGGGCGAGUACCCCGCUCACUUCAACCACGCCGACGUGGCGGCGGCCGCAGCUGCAGCAGCCGCGGCCAAGAGCGCAGGGCUGGGCGCGGCCGGGGCCAACCCGCUGGGUCUUCCCUACUACAAUGGCGUGGGCACGGUGCAGAAGGGGCGGCCGAGGAAGCGCAAGAGCCCGGGCCCAGGGGCAGACCUGGCGGCCUACAACGCUGCGCUGAGCUGCAACGAGAACGAUGCGGAGCACCUGGACCGCGACCAGCCCUACCCGAGCAGCCAGAAGACAAAGCGCAUGCGCACCUCCUUCAAGCACCACCAGCUUCGGACCAUGAAGUCUUACUUUGCCAUUAACCACAACCCCGACGCCAAGGACUUGAAGCAGCUUGCGCAAAAGACGGGCCUCACCAAGCGGGUCCUCCAGGUCUGGUUUCAGAACGCUAGGGCCAAGUUCAGGCGCAACCUCUUACGGCAGGAAAACACGGGUGUGGACAAGUCGACAGAGGCAGCGUUGCAGACUGGGACGCCAUCGGGGCCGGCCUCGGAGCUCUCCAACGCCUCGCUUAGCCCCUCCAGCACGCCCACCACCCUCACAGACUUGACCAGCCCGGCCCUGCCAACUGUGACGUCCGUCUUAACUUCUGUGCCUGGCAACCUGGAGGGCCACGAGCCUCAUAGCCCCUCACAAACGACUCUCACCAACCUUUUCUAGUGACUCACGCCCUCCCCUCCCCCCCACAAUUUCUUUAAAAAAGAAAUUAUCUUUAGUUGAAUUCCAAGUGUAUUUUAAAAUAGAGGCUUUGAGCAACUAACUAACCACAUU